UUAAGUCCCUAGUACAGAUAACGUUCUAAGUAGGUGGGUUAGGUCACCAAUAUAGAUGAACAGUACAUUCACUUUUGCUGUGAAGGGACUUAGGGUCCAAAAGAGGAGUUAAAGACCCUGUGGCAGUCACAUCAGGUACCAUUUUGAGAACCCUAGAUAAUGUUAUUUUGUUGCCACAGACCUUUGAGUAUUUGGGGUAUUGUUGGGGCUUCCUAGUUGAGAAACUUGAUCCAGGCCACUGGGGCGUUAGAGGCAGGGCCGGCUCGCUCUCUGAUUCCAGAGAGGUCUCCCCACUGCAGGAGGUGGAAAGCACACCCUGCUUCUUCUGAAGGUGUGCUGAGGAAAAUAUUCAGAGUUACUGCCCUGCUGCCUCAUCGCUUUUUGGGAACUUUUUAAAUAUGUUUGCCUGGAAAUAUUAAGGGCUCAUGGAAAGAUGCAUACGGUUUUUCUCCACGUGAUCACUUUAUGGAGUCUCUUUGGAUAUCUGGAGGAGUGAAGCGUAAGAGAGCCAUCUGAAUUCCUAUGUAAUAUUGCUAUCAGGUUCGAGAUUUUGAAUGUAAUGGGGCAAAAAUUGCCUCCAAAGGACUGAAGUAAAUGUGCUUAUCAAAAUAUUGACCUGCUAAAUCCCAUUGCUGCUAAUACAGUAUUAGAUUUUUUGGGAGGCCUGCACUUAGCUAAUGUAAUGAUCUUUUUAAACUCGUGUAAAUUGAAAAUGGAUGUGUUAAUUCAUUAGGGAUUGAAAAAUGGUGAUAGUCUAAUGGUCUUUCUUUCACUGGAAUGCUUUUCUUCAUAUGCUAUUUGGUUUGGAGUAGAAAUUCAAACAGGAAAGGAAGAAUGCGUCCUUCCCUUUAUUAGUUUUCAGAAUAAUGAGUUCUUUCUCUAGUGGCCUCAACAGGUGACACUUUUUUUUGAUGUCAUUAUGUACUCAUGCUUUUAAACGUAUUUGAUUUAUUUUUUUUUAAGCUCUUAUCGAUGCUCAAUACUGUCUUUAGCAAGUGGGAGCCUUGUCAAAUUCCCUCAUAAGUUCCUUUGACAUGACUAGUAGUUUUUCAUAGCUUCCUUGCUAUCUGGUAUGAUGAGAUGUUCCAGGUUAUUCGUAUACAUUUCCUGCCUCAGCAGGAAUUAGCCAUUUGUCCAAGGAGACGAGGUUCCAACCUGUUAGUGGGAAACAGCCUUUGAGGAGCCAUCAUCUGGGUGAUAGGAGUGGGUGCUCUUUGCUACUGGAUUGGUCAUUGUUUCUAGGCCUUUUCAGUAGACAGGUCUAGAGAUCUGGGGUGUGUGUGUGUGUGUGUGUGUGUGUGUGUGUGUGUGUGAGUACAUGUGUGAGAGCGAGCGAGCGAGCAUGACAGGAGUAUUUUUGAGGGUAUGGUAUGUAAAACCUGUAGUCGAAUUCGGAAGAACUUACUUGAGUCAUAAGUCUUGGACUCAGUGUCUUUAUGGAAUUGUUGAUGUGUUUCCACUAGCAUUGCUGUUGAUUAGACUUGGUCAUACGCUCAGUUAUGUUACGGGUCUCAGAGAGGCAGUCACGUGGACAUGCUGAGAUGGUUCCAUUCAUUUUGUCAUCUUUAAGCACAGGCAUUUCCCACCAUUUGUAUGAAUGGCCCCAUCAAGGUUUUACAGUGAUGUGCAGCUGUCGUUCAUUCUUCGGUAGCCUGUGUAAUUAGUGUGUGCCUCCUGGACUUGAGUGGUCUAGCCCCAGAUAAUUUGAAAUUGAAUUAUUACUAUCCAACAUCUAUUAAAUUUUGAAUUUAUAUUUUCCUGCUUUCUUUAUUGUCUUCACCUUUAGAUACAAGGGUGUAAUAGUGUAAGAGAACAUACAGACCUACGAGACCGUCCUAAGAAAGGAACGAUAGGCGCUGAGAAUAGUAAUACCUUUCACGCGUCUGAUUUUCUUACUGGCUAGUUCAUGUUACAUUUGAGCUGAACUGAAAUUUUCACGUGAAGACAGAUUCAGGGAUCUGUGUACGUGUGUGUUUCAUGUGAGUUACUUUGACAUUCCCCCGGAGGCCUCCCCUUCAUUUAAUACAUAUUCAGGAAAGUACACAGCUCAUAAGUGUGUGGUGAUGAACUUCCACAAGGCGCCCACUCUGGAAACUGCCCCCAAGAGGAGAUAGUGUCUGCAGUAGCUCCCCUCACCGCUGGUUUCACCCCCCACGGUGGUCAGCUGGGGUCUGGAAGCUGGUGAUCUUCCUGACACCGCGUCAGAAGGUCUUGGUAGCCUUGAUGCCGCGUCCCAGCUCCUGCGUCGUUUACCCCACAUCACCUCGUUCGUCACCUCAUUCAUCGCGUGUGUGUUUUAUCAUCUCCCGUCAUCACAAGGAAAAAGAUGGCAAAGCCUUUCAUCCCACUUACGAAGAAAAACUGAAGCUUGUGGCACUGCAUAAGCAGGUUCUUAUGGGUCCAUAUAAUCCAGACACUUGUCCUGAGGUUGGAUUCUUUGAUGUGUUGGGGAAUGACAGGAGGAGAGAGUGGGCGGCCCUGGGAAAUACCUCUAAAGAGGACGCCAUGGUAGAGUUUGUCGAGCUCCUGAACAGGUGUUGCCAUCUCUUCUCCACGUACGUCGCGUCCCACAAAAUCGAGAAGGAGGAGCAAGAAAAGAAAAGGAAGGAGGAGGAGGAGCGAAGGCGGCGGGAAGAAGAGGAGCGAGAGCGAGUGCAGAAGGAGGAGGAGAAGCGCAGGAGAGAGGAAGAGGAGCGGCUUCGGCGGGAGGAGGAAGAGCGGCGGCGGCUGGAGGAGGAGCGGCUGCGGCUGGAACAGCAGAAGCAGCAGAUCAUGGCGGCGCUGAACUCGCAGACGGCCGCGCAGUUCCGGCAGUACGCGGCGCAGCAGUACCCGGGCAGCUCGGAGCAGCAACAGCUCCUGGUGCGCCAGCUGCAGGAGCAGCACUACCAGCAGUACAUGCAGCAGCUGUACCAGGCGCAGCUGGCCCAGCAGCAGGCGGCGCUCCAGAAGCAGCAGGAGGUAGCGGUUGGGGGAGCCGCUUUGCCUACACCGGCAAAGGUGAACGCAGCUGUGCCGAGUGAUAGGACGUCGGUUAACGGACAGGCCAAAGCCCACACGGACAGCUCCGAGAAAGACCUCGAACCAGAAGCUGCAGAAGAAGCCGUGGAGAAUGGACCAAAAGAAUCUCUUCCAGUAAUAGCAGCUCCGUCCAUGUGGACACGACCCCAGAUCAAAGACUUCAAAGAGAAGAUUCGGCAGGACGCGGACUCCGUGAUUACAGUGGGCCGAGGAGAAGUGGUCACCGUUCGCGUCCCCACCCACGAAGAGGGAUCGUAUCUCUUUUGGGAAUUUGCUACAGACAAUUAUGACAUUGGAUUUGGGGUGUACUUUGAAUGGACAGACUCUCCAAACACUGCUGUCAGCGUGCACGUCAGCGAGUCCAGUGACGACGACGAGGAAGAGGAAGAGAACGUCAGCAGUGAGGAGAAAGCCAGAAAGAACGCCACCAAGCCCCUGCUGGACGAGGUCGUGCCUGUGUACCGACGGGACUGUCACGAGGAGGUGUAUGCCGGCAGCCACCAAUACCCAGGGAGAGGAGUCUACCUCCUCAAGUUUGACAACUCCUACUCUUUGUGGAGGUCAAAGUCGGUCUACUACAGAGUCUAUUAUACUAGAUAAAGAUGGUGUCGCAGAGUCUGGAGUCUAGGGUUGGGCAGAAGACGGCACUUGGUUCGGAAUUUCUUUUGACUUUUGUGGAGCAUUGCAGUCAGCGUCUCCCCUUUUGAUUUUGGUCUGAUGGUCCGUGAACUCUCGUCGGGACUCAGGGUUUCCUUGAGACUCUAGCAUUAAUCCUCUGGGGUUAGAGGGAGUCCUCGGACCCGUCCGGCCCUUGGGUGCCGACCGGCAGGGUCGCUAGUGGAUGCAGAAGUUACGCGAGCAACGUGUGAAAUCUACAAGGUCUCCGAAAUAAAACCUCCCCACGUUGACCCCACCCGGCUGACGGUGAGUCCAUUGCUGCCCGCUGCACGCGGUUGACGAGAGCCCAUGGUCACGGUGACCUCGGAUCGGAAAUCCUUACGUUCGCAGUCUGCCUGAGGUGCAGCUGACUUGGACGAAGGUCAUCGUUUUGAAAUGAAGGUCAUCGUUUUGAAAACUUACAGACUCAAGACCCCACAGGUUAUAAUAGAAAAGUUGCCUCGAUUCGCUUUUGUUCUGAAUGACCCAGAUUGUCUUUGCUUUGAGUACGGCUGUCUAGUUCAGAGGCCUGUUACAGAGAAUUAUUUUCCGAGAUAAUCUUAAGAACGUUCAAAGCCGAUUGGUAAUUGAACCGUCAAGACACACAACACCUCAGAGGUCCAUGUUGUUAGCAGGCCUCUGCAAACUCGGGUCCUUUUCUCUCCCUCCGGGACUCCCCCCUACCGGUGACAAAGCAGAAUUAAUUCAUUUUUGUCUCGAUUUGGCUUUGUAGAGCAUCUCAAAUUGAACCUGUUUUCUACACGAGCAUAUAGUUAGGGGGUUUUGUAAACUCAAAUUGACACCUACUGAAUUAAAGUAUGUAAAAUCACUUCAGUACAAUUGAGUGUAUGGGGAGUGACGUUGCACUAAAAGGAAAUCACUGCCAGAGACAGUCCGUUUUCCUUUCCUGUGUUCAUGCUUAGGCACGAACCCUACCCAGUUCCGGUGGGGAAUCGCGUACUGGAGAGAAUUGGAAAAACAGAUGCCCAUGCUUAAAUUGUUCUAUAGCUUUAAUCUGCAUUAUGUCUUUGUGGAUGGGAAGAGGACACCUUCGUGUCCCUUACCGAGAACAUAUAUGGAUAAACAGCCGCAAGUUGGUAGAAGUGAUGGACUAGCGUAGAGAUUCUUGUUUUCAGGAGGGAGGGUGGUGUAGAUAGAACGUGACCGAGACGGCACUACACGCGAAACGUUACUGGAUGUCGUUACUGAAAUACUUAGAUUUUUAGAUUUUUAAAACUUCAGAUCUUAAAUCACUUCUUGUAGGAGGGUCUCCGUUGAUUAAGCUGCGUUCUAUACAGUUCACUACACGGGGGGCUGUUUGUCGUGUGUGCGUUUCUUUUCUGGUUUUUAAUACCUGGUUUUGUACAUACCUAACCCUCUUCUCUUUUGGUUAUUCGGAAACUGGAUUAUUUUCUCCUCUGAGCAGUGCUUGAUUUGUGUUCUUUAAUUUGGAUUCACUGGUUCCAGCUCAAAGACGUCCACACCGUUCUGUCCAGAACACGUUCAGGCUGUCCAUGCGCGUGCGCGUACGUACGGUAGAGGAACCAUGGGGUUAGGCGCUUCUUGGCUUUUUUUUUUUUUUAACGAGAAAAUACUGUAUUUAAAAUGUAAAAUAAACUUUUAAAAAGCAGGCACUAAUAUAUAUUUCUUCCAGCCUCUGAGUACAGAUUUGUUCUUGCCCAUGUUAAGAUAAAUCGUCUUCUGAAAAGACCCUCGUUCUCGGGAGCGGUUUAUGUCACUUUACGUAGCGGUGGUUCGUCAUGUGCUCACGUCAGAACAUUUUUGGUUUUAGACUUUUCUAUUGCCUUUGGCUGUUGAUUAGUACAGUACAAGUGCGAUUUCAAAAAGAUCUUGAAAAUAAUAUAUUUAAUCAAUUAAAAUGUUUACCUGUAA